UCCUCCUUUAAUUAUGGAAUUCUCCACGGGGAACGAAUCCGGGAAUGAAUCCAGACCCUUCCUGCUCGGCGCCGUGGGACAAUUUCUUCCUGAUGAUGCUGAGGAGAAGCAGUGCCCAGCCCAGUUUUGACAACAACACUCGAAAAAUUGGGGUUUUUUAUUAAAAAAAAUGAGAAUUUUGAUGGAUAAUGAGCUGCACCCCCCACAAGAGGGGAUUUUUUUUCUCCGUUUUCCCUCAGUGAUCAUAAUCCACACCCAAAACUCGGCCAAACACCCUCAAAAAUCCGGGCAUUGCAGGGUGGAUGAGAUGAAACCACCCCGCUGGAGAAUCCCACGGAAAACCCAAAUCCAACAACAACCGGGACAACCCUGUGAGACCCCCAGGGAUGGAAAACCCCUGGAAAAGCCAUUCCCACACAUCCAGGGGUCCAAUCCCCAAAAACAGCCCCGGGGCUGGGGCUGCUGCUGCUCCGAAUGCCAGGGAGGAUUAAUUAUCCCGAGGUAAUUACAUCGGGAAGCUGCCAUGGAACCACUCAUUGUCCGGGAUGAGUCGGCGGCUCCGACUCACUCCGGGAGCCACACGGGAGUUUUGGGAUCUGGCGGCUCCUCCGUGGCCCUAUAAAAGCUCUCCCGGAGCUGGGACGCGCCGGUCACCUCUGGAAAGUUCUUCCCGCCCCCGGGAGCUGGUCCUGCCACCUGUCCCCAAGAUGUCCUGCUACCUCCACCAGCACCUCCCCGCGCUCCACCAGGACCCCGUGGCGCUGUCCCCCGGUGUCCCCUUCCCGGCUCAGCGGUGGCACUCCACAACCUGCAUCCCCCAGGCCCUGCCCGUCCCCCUGCAGCGGGCGACGUCCUCCAGCGUGUGCCACCAGCAGAGUGUCACCCAGGCCGUGCCCCGCCAGCUCCUCGGAGCCCCCUGCGUGCCCCAGCACCUCCGGCAGCAGCAGAUUGUCCCCAGGCGGGUGACAACGUGUGCGCCACCGCAGCAGCGCCUCACCGGCGGCGCGGGUGUCACCUGGAGCGUGCCGCAGCAGGUGGGGGUGACACAGUGCGUGCCACAGCAGCAGGUGGGGGUGACCCAGUGCGUGCCACAGCAGGUGGGGGUGACCCAAUGUGUGCCACCACAGCAGGUGGGGGUGACCCAGUGCGUGCCACCGCAGCAGAAGAUCGUCCCCAGGUGUGUCACCACCUGCGUGCCGCAGCAGAGCGCGGGUGUCGCCGGUGUCACCCGCUGCGUCCCGCAGCAGCUGCGGGUGCCACCUCCCGAGCGCGUCCCCCAGCAGAAGAUCGUCCCCAGGUGUGUCACCACCUGCGUGCCGCGGCCGCCCUAUGUCACCCAGGGUGUCCCGCUGCAGCAGAGUGCCACCAGGUGUGUCCCGCAGCGGUGCGUGACCAGCGGCUGUCCCCAGCAGGGUGUCCCCAGGUGUGUCACCACCUGUGUCCCCCAGCAGCGCGCGGCCCAGUGCGUGUCCUACCAGUGGGUGACACCGCAGGUCCCCCAGCAGUGGCAGAGCGUCACCGCCGCUGUCCCCCAGCAGUGGCACGGCAGGUGUGUCACCAAGUGUGUCCCGCAGCGGUGUGACACCGGCGCGGCCAGCAUUUGUGUCCCCCAGCAGAGUGGCACCAUGUGUGUCCCCCAGCAGAGUGGCACCAUGUGUGUCCCCCAGCAGAGUGCCACCAUGUGUGUCCCCCAGCAGAGUGGCACCAUGUGUGUCCCCCAGCAGAGUGCCACCAAGGGUGUCCCCCAGCAGAGUGGGACAGUUUGUGUCCCCCAGAAGUGUGUGACCCAAUGUGUCCCCCAGCAAAGUGCCACCAAGUGUGUCCCCCAGCAAAGUGCCACCAAAGGUGUCACCCAGAAGUACGGGACAAUCUGUGUCCCCCAGCAAAGUGCCACCAAGUGUGUCCCCCAGCAAAGUGCCACCAAGUGUGUCCCCCAGCAGAGCAUGACCAAAUGUGUCCCCCAGCAGUGUGGGACACAAAGUGCCACCAAGUGUGUCCCCCAGCAAAGUGCCACCAAGUGUGUCCCCCAGCAAAGUGCCACCAAGUGUGUCCCCCAGCAGUGUGGGACAGUUUGUGUCCCCCAGCAAAGUGCCACCAAGUGUGUCCCCCAGCAAAGUGCCACCAAGUGUGUCCCCCAGCAAUCCGGGGCAGUGAAGAUCUCCAGCCACUCCAAGAAAUAUUGCUCGGCCCCCAAGUGGCCCUGGUGA